UGAACCCAAUUUUGUAGCCCCCAAUUUCACCCUCCCCGCACAUUGCCACUGGAGCUCACCGCCAGCGACCAUUCUCUUGAAUCCCAGACCUGACGGUUUCCACGCCGAUUGGAUUUUCUGACGAACGGAGCUUGCGGUAAGGGUCGCUGGAUUUAUCUGCUCUGUUUGGGUUGUGAGUAACAAAAUCAGUAUGUUCUGGACUGCAAUAAGGUAUUUCGCGACGAAGCCAAAGCCGAAGAUGAAGCCGAUAGAGUUGAAAACUCCACCGGAGCAAACGCAGACGAUCACUAGAGUUAUAUUCGACAUCGUUAGGGAGCAUGGUCCGCUAACCAUAGCCGAAACUUGGGAUCGCGUUCAGGAAGUGGGUUUGAGAGGAUUAACAAGCAAAAGGCACAUGAAAAUAGUGAUGAGAUGGAUGAGGGAACGGCAGAAGUUAAGACUGAUGUGCAAUCACGUAGGACCUAAUAAGCAGUUUCUUUAUACCACCUGGUUCACAAAACCCAACUUCGGACAGGCAAAGCCACAGGGGCGUAAUUCCUCCCAACCCAAGAGCCCUUGAGUGCCUGCAAAUUACCUGUAAAACUGCGAUUGUUUCUUCUUUUUAAUGGAAGCUGUUCUUUGAUUAUUCUACAAGUGAUGUCUUUAUAGAAUGAAUGACCAAUAUCGAAACGAUCUAAAUACUGAUAUUUCUUUUGUGUAUAAUGCUAAUUCCUUAAUCUAAUAACAAUAUGUGAUAA